AGCGACAAAAUUCAAAACUCCUUUAUGGCUACUUUCUUAGUAAGUUGUGAAUUGUUCUUCAUCUUCUCCAGCGACAAUAGAUAUAGAUUUAGAUUUUGUGACACAACACCGACCUAUCGACCUCAAUCCUUUCACACGAAGCAAGAAGCACACAAUGAAGAGCUUUUGCCUGUCGCGCGCGACUACGAUCACCAGUACGACGACCUCUCCGAAGUAGCGACCGAAGCCAUCAAGGAAAAGUAACAACAUAGAAUAAAUACAGUGGUUUUCAUCGGGAGCUGCAGCUGCAAAACCACGACCAGAAGCAUCAAAAUGAACACCCUCGACGCAGAGGAGCAGGCGCUCGCCUCCCUGCUGCACCGGACGGUCGGGACGAACGUGCACGACAUCAAACAGGCGCAGAACGAGCUGACACACUUGGAACAGCAGGACUAUCAAAUGUAAAAAUGUCUGGGUCUGGAAGGUCGGAACUUGUAAUGCUGUUUUUGAAUUCCGAAAAAAUCUGUAUUGCAUGACCAGCAACAGGAGUCCAGUUUGUGUUACGCGGAGAGGGUAUUUCUCAUGCGGAAUAGGCAUCAGGAGGGUUUCUAAAAGCCUGUGAUGCUACGGCGUGCAUCACAGACGUCAUGGGUCAUGGAAAAUAUGCAUGACAAAUCUAGAAUUCUUCCAGACCCAGACAUUUUUACAUUUGAUAAGGACCGGUUCGGGAUCAUCCUCCUCCAGGUCCUCCACAAGCUGUCCGCGAAUUUGAACCCCACCGCCUCUAUGGAUUGCAAAUAUGUCUGGCUCUGGGUCUGGAAGGUUCUAAACCUGUGAUGCUGUCUCUGGAUCCUAAAAAAAUUUGUAUUGCAAGACCAGCAAGAAGACUCCAGUUUGAUGUUCUACGCUGAGAGGGCAUUUCUCAUGCGGUAGAAGCAUCGCAAAGCCGUCUCAGAAUCUGUGAUGCUAGGGCAUGCAUCACAGACGUCGUGGGUGAUUCAAAAUAUGCAUGACAAACCUGCCAUUUUUCCAGACCCAGACAUAUUUGCACUUGAUAGCCUCCGAGUCCGCCGUGUCGCAGGCGGGCGGGAUCUUUUUCAAGAACUACGUGAAGCGGAAGUGGCCGUUGUACCAAAACGGGGUGCCCGAACAGCAGCGGGUGAUGAUCAAGCAAAAUCUGGUGAAGCUGCUGAUGUCCGCGCCGAAAGCGGUGCAGAAACAGCUGUGCGCAGCCAUGGAGCUGAUCGCGGAGUGCGACUUCCCGUUUGAGUGGGACAACUUGCUCCCCGACAUGAAACAGUCGCUGAAGGAGUGCCCGACCCAGAAGGCGGUGAUUCUCGAGGCCCUGGAGCCGGUGUUUCGAGUGUUUGAAGAGCAGUUCCGGACGAACGAGUUAAUGCGGGCGGUGAAGUUAUCAAAUGCAAAAUUGUCUGGGUCUGGAAGGUUGUAACUUGUGAUGCUGUCUUCGGAUUCGUAAAAAAUCUGUAUUGCAUGACCAGCAAGAGGAGUGCAGUUUGUUCUACACGGAGAUGGCAUUUUUCAUGCAGAAUAAGCAUCAGGAAGCCCUCUAAAAAUCUGUGAUGCUAUGCCGUGCACUACAGGCAUCAGGGGUCAUGCAGAAUAUGCAGGACCAAUCAGGCUUUCUCGCAGACCCAGACACAUUUGCAAUGCAUAGAAGUACUGUGUGGACAACUUCGCGGACGUGCACUUGGAGGCGUUUAAGGAGAGCUGCGCGAACUUGAAUUCCGUGCUGACGCAGCAGCAAGCCGCGGCCGCUGGGACGGCGGCCACGACGAGCUCUAUCUUGUGGAAAAACGUUCCCAGCGCCAACCCAGAGUCAAGAUGGGACUCUUGCAAGAACACAAACCAGGCAGAAGUUUUGGCUGUUCGUUGCGCAUGACAAGUUCUUUGGGUCUCAUCUCCAAGUGUAGUGGUGUUUGACUAGCAGUGAAGCCCCCUCAUCUCAAAAAAUCCAGCUUCCUAUCAUGAUUAGAGCAUGAUGCAUGACAAAGUACCAGGAGACAGCGGGAGAAAGAACAAGUGCUGCUCAUGCGGUUGUGCAACAUGCAAAACCUCAUUCUAUUGGGCAUGCAGAUCAUUUGCAUGACAACGCUGGGUGUGCAGCAGCUGGGUACGUUUUUACUCAGGAUAGCAGCUGGCGCUUCUUCUCUGGGCGGUGGAAGUAUGCAGAGCGGCGGUUCGUCCGCGUCGAACAAACCGCCACCGGGGCACCAAGAGAUGGAGCUGCGGUCCUUGGUGGCGAGCUGCGCGAUUUUUUUCUCGCUGAACGUGGUCGAUCUACCGGAGCAGUACGAGGACAACAUGAGCAUCUGGUACGAGGGCUUCUUCUACUUCCUGAAAACGUCCAACUUCCCGCCCUUCCUCCUGCAAACGGACCUGGAACGGUGUAACAAGCUCCGGGCGCAGAUUUGCGACAACAUGGGGCUUAUGGAUUGCAAAAAUGUCUGGGUCUGGAAGAGUUGGAACUUGUCAUGCUGUUUUUGGACUCCAAAAAAAAUUGUAUUGCAUGACCAGCAACAAUUUGUGCUACACGGAUAGGGCAUUUCUCAUGCGGAAUGUGCAUCAGGAAGCCCUCCAGAAGUCUGCGAUGCUAGGUCAUGCAUUACAGGCAUCAUGGGUCAUGAGAAAUAUGCAUGACAAGUCGUGCAUUCUUCCAGACCCUGACAUUUUUGCAUUUGAUAGGGCUGUACGUGACCAAGUACCAGGAAGAGGUGAAACAGUUCGUGAAGCCCGCGACCGCUAUCAAAUGUAAAAAUGUCUGGGUCUGGAAGAGUGCAAGUUUGUCAUGCUAAUUUUGGAUUCUAGAAAAAUCUGUAUUGCAUGACCAGCAAAAGGAGCCCAGUUUCUGCUACGCGGGGAGGCCAUUUGUCAUGCGGAAUAGGCAUCAAGAAGCACUCAGGAAAUCUGAGAUGCCAGGGAAUACAUCACAGACGUCACGGGCCAUGUAAGAUCUGCAUGACAAGUUCGGAUCCUUCCAGACCCAGACAUUUUUACAAUCCAUAACCGCGGCAGUGUGGCAGUUGCUCUUAGAGUUGGACCAGAGCGACAUGUAUGCAUUGCAAAUAGUGGUCUGUGGGUCUGGUGGAGCAGGAGCACACUUGAACUUGUGGUCCGGAUUCUAGUUCUUUUUGGACAGCAAAGAACAAGAUUUCGUGUUUCGUAGUCAGAAGAAGACGCUUGCUUUUGUGUUUGUCUCCAUCUUGCAAACUAGGCAUGGAACAAGAAUAAAAGCUCUGUCCGGCGUCAUGCUCUCUUUCUGCAGGCAUUUUAGGCCUGCGUCCAGAUGCAAAUAAAACAGCAUGAUAUGGAGUGUCUGCUUUGUUUUCCAGACCCAGUCGCAUUUGCAUUUGAUAAGAUGAACGACAACGUGGUGGCGAGCGGCAUAAAGUUCCUCUCCUCCGCCGCCGGCCAGAACUGGGGCGAGGCGUUAUGCAUUGCAAAAGUAUGAUGUCUUUAUUGGUACUUAGUCUGUAUCAUGUUUUUGCAUGCUCAGUGUGACAAAUUAUCCUAUUUUUCAUGCUGGUAGUUUUUUAGUUUGGGAGAGAGAUUUCAGAUUUGUCUUGCAGUAUUGCAAUUGCCGCGAGUGAUCGUGCGAUACUUUUGCAAUGCAUAGACGUCCCCCUUCAACGACUUGAACGCUCUGCAGCAAAUUUGCGAAAGGAUCGUGCUUAUCAUGUAAAAAUGUCUGGGUCUGGAAGAAUGCGCGAUUUGUCAUGCUGCUUUUCCAUGACCCAUGAGGUCUGGAAUGCCGGAGCUAGCAUGACAGAUUCUGCGAGAACUUUCUAAUGCCUAUCCUGCAUGAGAAACUACCUCCCGACUUGGUCAAAAUUGGGCGACUUUUGGUAAUGCUGUAACACAGAUUUUUGCAUGCUGCAGAUUUAGCAUGACAAGUUGUAAUCUAAAUCUUCCAGACCCAGACAUUUUUACAUUUGAUAGUGCUGCCGAACAUAAAAUUGCGGCAGAUCGAUGUGGAGCUCUUCGAAGACAGUCCGCUUGAGUACUUGUUUGAUAAAUUAAAAUUUGAAGAUUUCAUGACUUGGAACCUCUAAAAGAAAAUGACAUCGGAAACUCUCCUAGUUCGGGAACGAGGCACGCAGAUCCCGGAUUUUUUCGAAUAGUGAGACUCUUUGAAUUCUCACUGAGUCUCUCGCUCCGGAAGGAGAAACACAGCAAGAAUUCUUGGAGUUUCCAUUUAUGUCAGGACGCAGUGAAGGAACGGGGAGCGAGCUCCGGCAUUUUUCAAAAAUUGAGAAUUCGAGACCUCGUUCCGCGCGAGAAAUCGAGUGAAAAUUCACUGACUUAUCACUUAUUGAAAGCUCUCGCUUUGGGAUCGCGAAUUUAUGUGGAGUGAGAAUCAAUUCAGCGAAUUUGCACUGCCGGAAAACCUCGCUCCGGGAGUGAAAUUUUUCCGAAAGUGAAUACGCGCUGAAUUUUCCCGCGGUUUCUCGUUUCACAACGAGAAAUCGAGUGAAAAUUCAGUGAAUUUUCACUUUUUGAAGGGAUCACGAAUUUCCCGGAGCUUAAUUGUUACUCUCGGAGAAUUCGUGACCGGAGAAUUCGUGAUCUCAAAGUGAAAAUUUUCAAAAAGUGAAAAUUCACUGAAUUUUCACUCGAUUUUGAGUUCCGGAACUGGGCCUCGUUCUCCGGGAGCGAAGUUUUCCCGGAGUCAGAAUUCGCUAAGAAGAUUUUUCAAUUCCGGAAAAAUCGUGAUCCCUUCAAAAAGUGAAAACUCACUGAAUUUUCACUCGAUUUCUCGUUCUGGAACGAGAAACCAAGUGAAAACUCAGUGAAUAUUCACUCCUGGAAAAAUCUCACUCCAGAAUUUCAAAAAGGAAAUUACUCGACUUCUCGUUCUUCCGGAGCGAGGCCUCGCUGAAUUAACAGCGAACCCGAAUAAAAACUAUCGCACUCCGGGAAACUUAUUGCGAUUGCGAGCCUUCUGACUGCAGCACGUUACUGCCCGCGUCACAUCGUCGACAGGAACGCUCUGCCACACUGCCUGCAAGGUGCUUGCAAUGUCGUGCGUAGGCCGUGCCUGAUUUUUGUGGUUCGCAACACCGCGCGACGUUUUGGAUUCAAUAUGUUUGAAACGCUCGAAAUUCUAGCAUGUGGGUUCUCGUUCCCCAACUAGGGGAGUUUCCGACGCGAGAGGGGGGGUCUUUCCAAGUCAUGGAAGAUUUCAUCAUCCUGCUUUCCUCAUUUUUUGCUUGGUGCAUCAGAUCGAUGAUUGUUCCACCGCCACGAAGAUGCGAACGGGUCGCACGAGCAAAGAAAAUAUAAUGAGUAGCUGUAGCGAAGACAUUGAUCGACAGCCGUCAUAAUUACAACAAAAGUGGAGUGCUGAAUCUUCAUAAAUUUCAAUUACCUACUCAGCUUCAUCCAACGCGACAUCGAGGAAGCGGACCAGGACACGAGGCGGAAAACGGCAAUAGAGCUGGUGAAAGCGCUGAUGCGGUUCCAGGAGUCCAACGUGACCAACAUCCUGAUGACGCACGUGCGCCAGCUGUUGAACAACGGUGCGCAGACGGCAACGGGCUCCAACGCCGAGCGGUGUCUGUCGAAGGAGUCCUGCAUCUACGUCGUCAUGGCAAUGGCGAUCAAGGGCGGGACGAAGCAGCAAGGCUGCACCCUGGUCAACGCACAGGUAUGUAUUCACCUAUUGGUCAAAAUACGAAGAAAUAAAUUUUGUGCUUCGCCACGCUAUUUUAUCUUGUUGCCUUCUUUCCUCCUAAUAAUUGUGCAUCAAAGCAAUGUCAAAAUGUGAGUGUGUAGUUCGUGUAGUACAUGUAGUAAAAGUAAAAACGCCACACGGACCACCCACCACGACUUUAUUUACAUCACGACUGACUACCUUCGCGCACACUCCCAGGUUCCUUUCCAGCAGUAUUUUGACCAGGAGGUGAAGACGAUUCUGCAGUCCAAUGUCGACACGGAGUCCGACUUCCCGCCGCUCCGCGCGGCCUGCUUGAAGUACGUGACCCAGUUCCGAUCGUUGCUUUCCACAGAGUCGCUUCUCUCCGUGUUACCGGAUAUAGUCCGCCACGUGUCGCACAAGUCCGCCGUGGUUCACACCUACGCCGUACGAAAUUGCACAACUGGCCCCCCUUGAUGUCCCCCUCAUUUGACGACGCCGGGCAUGAUGUUGAGCAGCAUAAUAGAAAAUGCUAAUGAUAAAGCGCAUGCGCACGGACCACUGUAGGGAGACCGUUUGGGUGUCCUUGGGAUGAACUUGCCAUGCACGCCCUGCCAAGAAGAAAAGGGUCGCGUGUUGGACAUUUUGCAUGAAAACCAAAGGGAGGUCUCCCUAUAAUUAAACCCGAACCUGCUGCCCGGGCUAGGUAGCGCAGAAGUCUGUUAAGCAUGACAAAUGAGGGGGCUCCGUCGUGAGGGACAGUUGUGCACCGUGAUGCGCCGCGCACGCGAUCGAGAAGAUCAUCAUGGUGAGGGAAAUGGGCACGGCAAACAGCAACGUGAGCAGUGGUGGGGCGAACCAAACGCAAACACCGCAAACUAUUGUUGGGAACCUGAAGUUCCAGCCCCAGCAGCUGUCCGCCUUGCUCAGAACCGCGCUCGAGCCCAUGGUGAACAUCUUGACGGAGAAAAGGGGAAUCGAACAGAACGAGUAUUUGAUGCGGUGCAUCGUCCGCAUUUUUCUGUUCCUCAAACACUCGGCCGGCGAUAUCGCGGUGCCCAUGCUGCAGAAGUCGACGCAGCUCCUGGAACAAAUUGCGGCAAAUCCGAAACACCCGUCGUUCGCCCACUUUCUCUUCGAGGGCGUGGCGGUCAUCAUCAAGGUCGCACAUUAUGCAUCGCAACUAUCAUCAUGUAGUCUGGGUCAAUAUCUGGAAAAUUGUGCUGCUGGUUGACCACGACCACGAGCAGCGCGCGCACGCCGCAAUUGACGGACAAGCAUGACAAAUUUUUGAGUUUCUUGUGGCAGGGUUUGUCUGUUUCGCAUCUCCAUUAUAAGUGCGUUUGGGCUUGACAGAGGCAUCAUGAUGGGGCCUUUGGGUACUGUACGUGACAGACCGCUUCAGUAGAAUUGUUGUUAUACGCGCGGAGCAUAAAAACCAUGACAAACCUAAACCUUGCAUUGAUUGAUUAUGAGGAUCAUUUUCAUUAUUUUCCAGACCCGGGGGACACACAAAGACAUGGUUGUAGUUGCGGUGCAUACACAACCGACGGGCAAGCUAGACGAGGUCGAGGGGCAGAUGCUGAAGGUGUGCGGGUUCAUCCUUCAGGGGGAGGUGAUGAAAGAUUUCCUACCGUACGUCUUCCAGGUGCUCGGAUUGCUACUGGACUCGACGAAGGAGGUAAAAAGCAAAACCAAAUUAUACGAUGUGGGAUUCUGUUUCUGAUGUUUUGCCCGAUACGGUUUUUAACUACAACUUUUUUUGAAUUAUUUUUUUCGCUUGAUGAAGACCUAGACCGCCGCACGGUUGAAGCUUUGGUGGCGUUGGGAACAGGAACAGGGUUUCCAUGUGCCAGGAUGAACAUCACCGUCAACACCAAAAUAAUUAUGACCCACUAUCCCGAUGUUAUUUUUACAACCCCACCUACUCCAGGUGAAACCCGUGUACUCCCAGCUGUUCCAAACUUUGAUGCAUCUCGAGUUUUGGACGAAGCACCCGAACAUCCCCGCCUUGGUUCGGUUUCUGAAAAGCUACCUCUCGCGGCACGAGCACUUCCGCGCGCUGUUGCAGCAGAACAUGGGGGAGAUUCUGAAGAGGUUCGAAGGAACCUUGAACAACCGAAAAACGGAGGGCAUGGCCUUCGACCUGCUCGGUGCGGUGUUCGCGUACCUCCCCUUCGAAAUGUAUUCCUCCACAGUGGACGUCAUUUUCAAGGUUGCACUAACCGCACUGAUGUCAAGGAAAAGCGACGUCCGGAUGAAGAAGCACUUCGUGCUGGCGGCCAGUAUUUUCGUGGUAUCAACAUCAUGGAGACAAGUUUAUGAUUUUUUUGAGCAAAUAGAAGUAAUAGAGAUUGACGUAGACCCAUAGAUGCGAUUCAAAGUAUACGUCAUAUUAUGCAAACACAUGCACAACAAGCGACCACGCUAGCAGGACUUCUACUCAGUCACGACCCGGAUAAAAAUGAAGAUCUUCGAAGGUCUUUUUCACAUGAAAAUAAACGAAAAAACAGUGGAAGCGUGGCGCGGCGAGCCUCCGCGACAUCCUCGAACGCAUGCAACCUGGGUUGUUUCAGCAGAUCAUGACGAACGUGUGGAUGGCGGCGCUGGACUUGAUGCAGACCCCGCCGGAACGUAAAAUCGCUGCGGUGGCCCUGACUCAGCUGCUCUUCCAGCAGGGGGUGGACGGGAAAGUUGCGUGCGUGAAGCUCGCGCAACUCCUCGGCGUCGCCAGCUUGAGUAGCUCCUCGGUCGUGUCCGCGCAGCAGCUCCUCACGCCCGCGGUCAGCAUACCCGGCAUCCCCGACAUCAGCCUGGCGGGCGGCCUAUCAAAUGUAAAAAUGUCUGGGUCUGGAAGAAUCCGAACUUGUGAUGCUGCAUUUGGAUUCCAAAAGAAUCUGUAUUGCAUAAGCAGCAAAGGGGAUGCAAUUUUGGCUACGCGGAGAGGGCAUUUGCCAUGCGGAAUAGCCAUCACAGAGCCCUCAAAAAGUCUGUGAUGCUAGGGCAUGUAUCACAGACAUCAUGGCCCAUGCAAAACGUGCAUGACAAGUCGCAGAAUCUUCCAGACCCAGACACUUUUGCACAGGAUACGGCCCGGGCGCGGCCGAGGACCCAACCUUCGGACAAACGGUGUACGAAGGCACGUACUCCUAUCCAGGAAAAAACACCCAUCCACAUCCAAUUUGUCAUGCAAAACAUACAUAAAAUCCUGCGUUUGUCAUGCAAAAAAUGGAUGUGGAUGGGUUUUUUUCUGUGGAUAACUCCAAACUGUCGAACGCCGACGCUUAUCCUGUUGUACAAAAGUUGUAUCGGACUUCUAGUACUCGUGUAGAUUGCAUUUAUCGAUACACUGCAUGUUGGUACAACUACCAGAGUUUCUUUUUCAUUACGUGAUAAAGCUGCUCCUGCUGCUGCAGCAGCAUGAAUUCCAGUUUGUUGCUAAAAAAAUAUGUGAUGCAAUUUCUCAACCUCAAUAUGGUCAUGAUAGUGCGAUUGUACUUUUGUGAUGCAUAACGGCGCGGACGGUGGAGACUACAUGAUUCGCGAGAUCCCGGAUUACAAACAGCAUGUGAAGCAGCAGCUCUUGCCGCACAAACAAAGUUUGACGCAACUGGCCCAGGCGGAUGAGAAGAUAAAGCUGCUGCUGAACUUUCUAAAUUGAAGAUCGAGUGGGGGUGCAACUUGCUCGUGAAAAGCGACACUGUAGCGUUGAGCCAUGUGGAGGUCAACGUGCUUCUCUAGUAAACGAACCGGAGAAGAGGUGCGGCCUGCUCUUUGUGUACUUCCGGACAUGCAACGCAUAGGAAUCUAAGCAUACGAAGGACAUAAACAUAUGAGAGGGAACUGGAGUUGUCAGAACGUAUUUGUAUUCUACAACGCGGCUUCGGCUUGGUUAUCCUGAAACAAAUGAAAAGAAUCAAUAAGUAAUAAAAACGAGCAGAAAGCAAUCAAACAUGAUUGAAGCAGCCGUCCGUGGCAAGGAAG